AUGAAAUCAUCUGAAAAUGUGCUUGUUGAUGAUUUUCUCUAAAACUUUCAAGAUUUCUAUGCUCAGACUAAGGAUAUUAUAAAUGUUAGAUUUAAUUAUAUGAGAGAAUUAUAUAAUCUUGGUAUAGAUACUUUUCCUGAGAAUUAAGAAGUCUAUGACAUUCAACAAAAUAACAAAUUGAAUUUACAAUGUUAGUAAAAUAAACUUAAAAAGAAUUGGACAGAUGAUGACAAAAAAGUACUCAUAUGGCUAGUUGGUAAAUGGAGUGUUUUAAAUAAAAGAGACUUUUAAUCUAUAGUAUAUCUAUUAAACUCUAUUUUAAGAGUGAUGCUGAUUGGAAUUCAAUUUCUAACAUGAUGCCAAGAAGGAAUGCCUUUAAGUGUAAAUAAAAGUGGCUUUAAAUGCUUAAACUACCCUUACAACAAGCUCCUUGGACACUUCCAGAAGAUGAAUAAUUAAGGUCAAUAAUAUAUGAUUACUAAAAUUAAAAUAAAGGAAAUAAAUGGAGUUAAAUUGCUACAACUUUAAAUUAAAUUAGUGCUUCUAAUAUUCAUAGAAAUGGUAAAUAAUGUAGAGAACGUUGGAAUAAUCAUCUUAAUCCUUUCAUUAAUAGGUAAUAUUAUUUUAUUAAUUUAAUAUAAGAAAUCCUUGGUUAUUGACUGAAGAUUUAGAUUUGUUAUAAUAAUUAAUCUCAAAUGGAAAAAAAUGGGCCUUAAUUUCAAAAAAACUUAAAAUUCCUCGAAGUGAAAAUAGUGUUAAAAAUAGAUAUAAUUGUCUAUUAAGAAAAGAAAGAAGUCAAAAAGUAGGGUAAGCUAAAUUAAUUAUAAAAGGAAAAAAGAUGAAGGAGAAAGUGAAUCUGAAGAAUCUAAGAAUUCUAAUUUCUAAUCUGCAGAAGAAUUGAAUCAUGAUGAAAUCAAAAUUAUUCAUACUAUUAUUAAAAAAAUAGAAUGGAGAAUCUAACAAAGCGAAAACCUUAGAGAAAAUAUUUAAAAUGAUGAUAUUAAAGAAGAACAUUUAGAUAUUAUUAAAAAAGUUAAAGUUGAAUUGAAUUAACCUUUAAAAAUGGAAUUAAUACCAUCAUAAUUGAAAAUUUAAGAUAAAAUUAAUUUGCAAGUUAAAGAUAGUUAACUAACAGAAAUUGAAAUGAGUAAAUUUUAGCCAUGUUUAGUAAAUAAAGAAAAAGAUUAAAUAUUUUUUGUAUCACCUGAAUAAUUACAUCUAUAUCUAAAUAAAACAGAAUUUAAUUAGAAAAAUAAAUAAUAAGAGAAUAACCUUUCAAAUCAAAAUAGUAUGGGAUCCUAUUAUUAUGAUCCUAAAUUGCUUAGAUCCUAUGUUAUGAUGCAAUCAAAUGAAUAUUCUCAAAUACAGAGUGGAGUAUACCAAUAGAGAUCUAUAAUAAAUUAAAACAUGUUGGGUAAUUUUCAGAGUUUAAACAACUAUCCUUAUUCUUUAGCCAUGUCAUCAUACCCAUCAUAAGCAAAUUUAAUAAAUCAAUUAUAAAGAUGA